GUAAUAUAGUGCUGCAGGCUCAAACGGUGGAUGGAAAGGAUCAGGCGUUUACAGCACACACCGCUUUACCCCUCCAAACCUGGAUCCGUCUGGAUCUCUUUUUUCAGCGGUCAAAGGCAAAUAUUACAAUCAGAAAGGAAGGAAACACUGUGGAGAACACUUAUUUAUUUGAUUUUCAUCGCCCAGUUCAGUUCAACGACACAUCAGGAUAUUUUGUGUUUGGUGGAUGCCGAUACACGCCAGGCUUUCAUGGCUAUUUUGGACCCAUCAGAUAUUAUCGUUUAGGCUCAGAAAAGGUGAGAAACCCUCUGUCCCCUGCUAGAACUCUACAGGAGCUGGACAGAGUCCACAGACAGUGUGAGGAAAUGAAGCAGGUCACUGAGCAGUAUCUGCAGGCAUUGAGACACAACCGAGACUCCUCUAGAGGUCAGCUCACUUCAAACAAUGAUGUUUGUGUGUCUCAUUAUGAAGACCUUAGGAGGAUGUUUGGAAGUAGGAACUGCCCACAAACUUGGUCGUGGGACCAGCAAAGAAGAUUCAACAUCACUUUAAGGCUUCUAGAGGAGCACCAGGACUACUUAACAGGUCUGGACUCCAGUGGCAAACCUUUGCAAAAUCUAAGCCAGAUGAUUUUUCAUGAUGCAGUAAAGACAAUCUCUAAAGCAGGGCAGUCUGAUGUUGGCCUCAAGUCCACUGCGAUUGUGCAUCUCCAGGUGUCCUCUUGCUGGGGUCACCAGCCCUCCUCUCUCCUGCUGGCCACCCUGCACCUGUCUGGCCUGGGUGUCCCUGUGGAGCUGGAGCAGGGUCAUGUGUAUAGUUUGAUAGGCGGCGUAUCUGAUGACCGACUCGCUCUCAUGCAUUUGGGAUACAAGCACAUGCAAGGUCUGGAUGGGUUCCCCAAAGACCAGAACACAGCAAACGGAUACUACGCCAACAUCGGCAGACAGACCAGCAUCGACCGCGAUAAAGUACAGGACUCUGCGCAAACUCUCGCUGAACAUGUGCAUUUGAGCAAUCACUUUGAGCUCCACAGUCAGACGGGGGAUUCGGGAGACAUUGUGCAGUAUCUGAAAUACCAGGCCGAGAGAGGAGAUCUGGAGUCUCAGAAAUCUCUGGCGCGGAUGCUCCUGUGGGGCAGCAACGGUGUGGAUAAAGACCUGCAGACGGGAGCCAUGUGGUGUGCCCGGAGCGCCCUGCAGAUGCUCGACCCCUCCGCCAUGUAUGACUACGCAAUUCUGCUGCUAAAGGGCACCGGAGUGAAGAAGAACCGAACGCUUGGCCUGGAGCUUUUAGAGCAAGCCGCUGACAUGGGAUGAGGCGUUGCUGAAGUAUGCCAUGCUAGCAGAAACUGGUCUUGGUGUGGCACAGCACAAUGCUGCCCAUCUGUGUGAGCUAUUAGGCCACAGUUCUGCCUGUCAGUGGAGGUAUCACAACUACUCCACCUACAACCACAUCCCUCAGGAAGCAGGUUUGCUGCAGAUGGGAGAUUAUUACAGUAAACAGGCUGAUAUGCUGAAGGCCAUUGACAUGUACAGUACAGCAGCAUUACAUGGCAGUCCUCAGGGUCUCUUUAACCUGGUCUUGUUAAUUGAGGAGGGUUAUGAAGUUCCUGACACCAUUCUGGAUCAGAUGGGAAUCUCUUCAGCAGAUGGGAACCGCAGCGAUGUUGUGGGGCGUCUGCUACACAGAUGCAGGGAGUUUGAGGAGGGCGAUGUGACGGCGUGUUCUCUUCUGCUGUGGUGGAUCCAGCUGAGUGGAGCGUGGACGGACUUCACACGCAGCUCUGUUCAGAUGACGCUGAUCUGCGGGAUUUCAGCCACUCUCCUCAUCUUCAUGUUUACUCUGCUGUUACGAACUCUUUAUGCAUGUUACUCUGCGGCCACACAGUCCACCAGCCGGUCAUCAGAGAGAGCUGGAGCAGCAGCAUUUAACGAGCAGGACAUCACUCCAGCGCAGAGCAGCUCAGUUCAGCAGCCUGCAGACCUUCACACAUCUGAGAUACUGAUCACGGUGACGGGAGUGUGUGCGUGUGUGGUCUUUACACUCUUCAUGUCACAUCUGCUCUGAAGCUCAGCUUAUACACACAUCAGCACACUCCUCAGGCCCCUGCAGCGCUGUAAAUCUACUGUAAGACGCUGAAUAAAAGCAUCAGUCACUUUCACAGUAA